AUGGCUAUGGAGAUUGAAAAAGCCGAAGUGACAGAGGUUGAAAAGGCAGCAGAGUCCCAAGACCUCGCCCGCAUCCGCAACAAUCAGCAACGAUGCCGGCAGCGCAGGCGCGACUAUGUAACCGAGCUGGAACAGAGAAUUGCGGAGUAUGAAGAUAGUUUUGAGCGGAAAGUUGCGAUGUUGCAGGCGAGUAUUGAUGAGUUGAGAAGGGAGAAUGAGAGGUUGAGGGGGUUGGUGGGGGAUGGCGGUGCCAGUGGCGAGGGGAGGGGAGCGAAGGAGGGGAUUGGUAGUUCGAAUACUACUGUUGUUACUGCUACUGCUGCUGGGAUUGGGGCUAAGGAUGAGACUAAUGUCGCUAUUCCUGAUAAGAGUUCUCGAUUAAUACCCGUGGGCGAUGUAGGUUCGAGCCUUGAUGGUCCUGUGGGAGGUACAUGUACAGGGACAGAGUCUCCGGCUGGUCCGGAACCAACGCUUUUGCAAUCAUCCAAGUCUUUGCCCGACUUUAUCGGAAAUCAACUUGAUGGCUUAGAUAUGUCGCAACUUCCUUUCCAAUGGAACACAAGCAUUCCACCUUCGCCAUCUAGUGUGCUCCGCAGUAUCUCUACAGAUCUCGCAACUCCAAGCCUAAACGACUAUCUCCCAAAUACGCUCGGAGAAUCAACCUACUGCACCCAACCAGACUGGCUCCAAUGGCUCUCUACUACUCCUACCGACAUAGAACCCACCAACACCGUCCAAGAAACAGAUACAACGCUUUGCACCGCCGCCUUUGGACUCGUCAUGCGAUGCAACAAGCAAAAUGCGAGUAUCGGGGAGAUAGAGGCAAAAUUACGUUGCGGGUAUAGGAGUGCUGUGUUUCAAUGGGAGGGGUGUAGGGUUGAGAAUCGGGUUUUGCUAGCUGUGCUUUCUGAGAUAGCAUAG